AUGUUAAGAGAUAUCAAGCACAAUGUUAAAGAAUACGAAGACGGCGUUGAAAAAAUUCACGAACAAUAUCGAGAAUGGGUAGUCGAUCGAUCACCACUUUUUAAUAUUAUCAAAGCGAUGCCAAAAGGAGCAAAUCUUCAUGGAUAUUUAUACUCAUUGGUUAGUUACGAAUAUAUUUACAAAUUAACAUGGAAACAAGAUUUAUUGGGGUUUCUUUUAAUCACCGAUGAAGAAGCAAAAAAUCCAACAGAAUUAAUGAUUUUAAAGAAAUAUAAAGUUAUCGAAUCUUUAAUAAGUGAGAUAACCACGUUUGAAAAUUACAUCUUUCAAAUGCUUCUUGAACAAGUUAACGAUGGAAUAUCUUAUGUUGAAUUUCGCACAUCCUUUGCAUUUUUUAACAGUAAAACAAGUGUUUAUUACGAUCCUAUUACUGUGGCUGGAAUAAUCAAUAAAGUUAUUUAUAAAUUUAAAUUUCAAAAUCCAAAUUCAACGUUUAUUGGAGCGAAAAUUGUAUUUUCACCUUUCGGUACUAACUUAGUAACUAAUCCUAAACGUAGCAUCUUAAUUGUACGUGCAAUAACGAAGGUUUUUCCCGAUUUAAUCGGUGGAAUCGAAUUUUUUAAACCAGUCAGUUUACGAUUAUUAGCGGCUUUACCAAAAACGGUUGAAAUCUAUUAUCAUAGAACAAAAAGAUUAAAUCCAGCUUAUUUUAAACAAAAAAUUGAUCAUGCAACGUCUCGAAUUGCUUUGAUAAGUCAAAGAGAAAUGUUAAGUGAUUUAUUUUUUGCAAAUAGUUUCGAUAAAAAUGAAAAUAGAGUCAUUGAAAUUUGCCCUACUUCGGUGUAUUUUCAACAAAACAAAAUACAUUUUAAAGAAUUCGUUUCUAGGUAUAUUUCCGACGGAAAUCGAUUGAUAAUAUGCAACGAAUAUCCGGGAUUAUGGCAUACAAAUCCUUUGAGUAACGAUUGGUAUCUCGUUCUUAUGUUUAUGGUUAAUGAUAAAUCCGGUAGUUUUAAUCUUUUUGAAAAAAUUGCCACUGAUUCUUUGAUUUAUAGUAAUUUAAAUGGUGAAGAUAAAAUGAUGGCU